UACAAAGCUCUAACCAUGGCUACUAACUUCUGCCUAGACUGCCAGAGACAAACUGAAAUUAUUCUUGAUUACAGAGCAGGCUACAAAAUCUGUUCGGAAUGUGGCUUGGUUCUUGGAUUCAAUCACAUUAAUGAAAUUCCAGAGCAGCGAAACUUCCCUGAUUCUAUCCAAAAUAGAGAUCAGAACCGUGUUGGAUCAAAAGAAAACCCAGUUUUCAAAACCGAAGACCUCUCAACUUACACUUCCAAGCCUACUAACAGGAUCAUCAAGAGACCAAAGAAAGGUUUGAAGCUGAUUGGAGAAAUGACUGACAGGUUAGGCCUCGUCUCAGCAAUUAAAGAUAGAGCUUGUGAGAUAUACAAUAAGGUGGAUGUUCUCAAAAGCUGCAGAGGAAGAAGCACGAAUUCCAUCCUGGCGGCUUGCCUGUUCAUAGCUUGUAGAGAAAUCAGACUCUUCCGGACGCUCAAGGAAAUCUCAACCGUUGCUGGUGGAGUAUCAAAGAAGAAUAUUAACAGAGCCAUUGUAGCUAUAAAAAAACAACUAGAGGUUGAGACUAAGACCGUGCAGCCUGGAGAACUCGUCAGGCGGUUCUGUUCCAAGCUUGGAAUGGAAAACCAAGCCAUUAAAGCAGUGCAAGAGGCCGUCAAAAGAACAGAAGAGCUUGACAUAAGGAGGAGUCCGACGUCAGUUUUGGCAGCUAUUGUCUACAUGGUACUUCAGCUUUCCCAUGACCAAGUGCCGCUGCCAGUUAAAGAUAUAGCAAUGGCUACAGGGGUUACAGAGCCUACAAUCAGGAAGUCCUAUAAAGAUAUUUUUCCUUAUGCAUUAAGGGUAAUACCUGAUUGGUAUGCUGGGGAAGAGCAAAUCCACAAACUUCAAUCCCUUAAAGUUCUUGGAGCAAGAAACAAUUUGCACAUGAAUUGA